UGGCCUACCCGGGUGUGCACGCCGAGGCCGGGGGUGGACUCUGCAAGGGAUGGGCCCGAGCCUCGCACUCCCCUGCCCUGCCUUCGCGGCGAACGGGCGUGGGAGACGGGGCCGCCCGGAGGUGGGCUGGUGGUGGAGGAAGCGGUCUGGUAGUCGCUGCGUGGCCUGAGGCUCUAAGACACCUGAUCCCAGCUUUCUUGGAGAUGGUAUCGCCAGGACCUGUUUUCUCUAGAUUCCGAGACUUGGGCCUGAGCUCUCCACAUCAGUACUUCAGGGUCGUCUGGAUUGUGUCCGACCCGCGACCCUGCCGUUCUUUUCCUUCCAGCAUGAUCCGCUGGGCCCCCAGCGCAUCGCCCGGAAGAGCCCACUCAACCUGGACGAACGCUUUGGCACCUCAGACCGUCCCUGAGGAGGAUGACUGAGACACUAUGGGCCACGCGCUGUGUAUCUGCUCUCCGGGAACUGUCAUCAUUGACAAUAAGCGCUACCUCUUCAUCCAGAAACUAGGGGAGGGUGGGUUCAGCUAUGUGGACCUAGUGGAGGGGUUACAUGAUGGACACUUCUACGCACUGAAGCGAAUCCUGUGUCACGAGCAGCAGGAUGUGGAGGAGGCCCAGCGAGAAGCAGAUAUGCAUCGCCUCUUCAAUCACCCCAACAUCCUUCGCCUCGAGGCUUAUUGUCUGAAGGAGCGGGGCACAAAACAUGAGGCCUGGCUGCUACUACCUUACUUGAAGGGAGGUACGCUGUGGAAUGAGAUAGAAAGGCUGAAAGACAAAGGCAACUUCUUGACUGAAGAUGAAAUCCUUCAGCUGUUGCUGGGUAUCUGCAGAGGCCUUGAAGCCAUUCAUGCCCAGGGUUAUGCCCACAGGGAUCUGAAGCCCACCAAUAUCUUACUUGGAGAUGAGGGGCAGCCGGUUUUAAUGGACUUGGGUUCCAUGAAGCAAGCACGCAUCCAUGUGGAGAGCUCCCGCCAAGCUCUGGCCCUGCAGGACUGGGCAGCCCAGCGGUGCACCAUUUCCUACCGGGCCCCGGAGCUUUUCUCUGUGCAGAGCCACUGUGUCAUCGAUGAGCGGACUGAUGUUUGGUCCCUAGGCUGUGUGCUAUAUGCUAUGAUGUUUGGAGAAGGCCCUUAUGACAUGGUGUUUCAGAAGGGUGACAGUGUGGCCCUGGCUGUACAGAACCAACUUAGCAUCCCACAAAGCCCCAGGCAUUCUUCAACAUUGCGGCAGCUGCUGGCCUCGAUGAUGACUGUGGACCCCCUGCAGCGCCCUUAUAUUACAUUCCUCCUCAGUCAGUUGGAGGCUCUGCUACCCCCAGCUCCAGGCCAGCACACUACCCAAAUCUGAACAAACCAAUGGCCACGCUGAGGUGGCCUGUGCCUUGUCCUUCGCUGGAAUCUCCAUCCUUUCUAUCCAGGCCUGCUCUCUCAUAGUUGGGGCAGGGGGCUGGGGAGAGUCAGCUCAGUCUUCUAUCUCUGCUCUGUUCUCUUAUCCUCAGGACUACUGGACAGGGAGCCUGAGUUGGGGUGGGUGGGGGAUGGAGAAAGGCAAACUGAUAGAUUCUGAUAAAGGAUCUGAGCAGGACUGCCAAGCUUACAUCAUGGUUUGCUUCCAAAUCAGGGAGCAGGAGAAUGUAUAAAUAGAAGAAUAAAGUGAAAGCAGCUUGGU